AUGCCGGACACAUGUUUAGCAGUGUGGGUCCUGGUUUUCUCCUGUUUCAUUCCAGCUUUCCUCUCUGACAAGCUAAAAGACGCAACCUGCAGACUACACUCCUCAGAUCUACAUGGAAGCACACUACCUGGAGACACAAUGAUUGGACUUAUCAUCCCACUCCAUCUAGACAAGACCUAUAAACAGGUUUCUUUUACUGAGAAGCCACCUAAGACCGUAUGUACUAUGUUCCAACUAGAAAAUUACCAGAUGCUUCAGACCACAGUGUUUGCCUUGGAGCAAAUCAACAAUGACCCCAACCUUCUACCUAACAUGACUUUAGGACUACAAGUGUACGAUUCUUGCGAUGCACCUCACCUAGAUUUACAAGGAACAUUGCAAAUGUUGACCGGUGUUGACUGGGCCAUACCUAACUACCGAUGUCUUCCAAAGUCUACAUUGACUGCAGUUUUGGGAGCUUCUCACUCAACCCAUUCAAUAGCGAUGGCUCAUAUUCUGGGGCUCACCAGACACCCACAGAUCAGCCAAUUUUCCACCAGUCCUCUACUGAGUGAUCGAACAAAAUUUCCUUCCUUCUUCAGGAUUGUUCCAAGUGAUACUUUCCAGUCUCACGGGCUUGCUCGUCUUGUAUUAUAUUACGGGUGGUCUUGGGUGGGACUGUUAUCUGCAGACAAUGAUUAUGGUCAGUAUGGGAUUCAGCUAGUCAAGCAAGAACUAAUAAAGGCUGGUGCUUGUGUGGAGUACAUUGAGAAUAUUCUAAUGAGUCGACCAGAUCGUAAUGCUCCACACAUAGUUAAAGUCAUUAAGAGGUCAACAGCCAAAGUUGUGGUGGUUUUUUGUAAUGACGUUGAUUUUAUGCCUAUUUUAAAUGAAUGGUUAAAGCAGAAUGUCUCAAAGAAGAUUUUCAUUGCCAGUGAUGCAUGGUCUACAACCAACAUAUUUUCUAUUGAGAAAUUUUCUGAACUUCUCUAUGGCACCAUUGGCUUUGCCUUUUCUAGCGGAACACUUCCUGGUUUGAAGGAAUUUCUCAACAAGGUUCAACCAUUUGUAUCUUUUGGGGGAGAAUGGACAAAGAUAUUUUGGGAGCAUACUUUUAACUGUACGUAUGUCCAUGACAGAGAUAACAAAACUUCACAAUCACAGCCUGACCUGAUAGUAAAACAAUGCACCGGGACUGAAAACUUACAAAACACACAGAACAGCUACACUGACGUGUCCAGCUUAAGACCUUCGUAUAAUGCCUAUACUGCAGUGCAUGUGGUAGUAAACGCUUUGGAGGACCUUAGAAGGUGUCAAGAGGGGAAUGGUCCAUUUUCAAUGUCAAGUUGUGCAAAUAAACAGAAGCUGAUGCCUUGGCAGCUCUUACACUAUAUGAAAAGGGUAAAAUUCAGACUCAACAGUGGCAGAGAACUGCAUUUUGAUGAAAAUGGAGAUCCUCACGCAGUUUAUGACAUAGUGAACUGGAAACUGACAGCAGAAGGUGUCUUAUACCAGGCAAAGGUCGGAAGCUAUGACACAGUGUCUUCCUCUGGAGAAAUAUUUGCCAUUAACACAAGUUCUAUCCUUUGGGCUAUAGAAGAUCAUCAGGUCUCACGUUGUAGUGAAAGUUGUCUACCUGGCUUCAGGAAAGCUGCUAGGGGAGGACAACCCAUCUGCUGCUAUGAAUGUGUCCCCUGUCCUCCUGGAGAGAUCUCCAAUCAGACAGAUUCUGUUGUUUGCUUCAAGUGUCCAACGGAUGAGUGGCCAAAUUCAGAAAACUCUCAAUGUCUGCUGAAAACCAUAGAAUAUCUUUCAUAUGAAGAUUCACUGGGAACAACACUUACUGCUAUGAGUCUUGGGUCUUUCUUAGUCCCUAUUUCGAUUAUGAAGUUGUUUAUAAGACACAAAAAAUCCCCUCUAGUCAAAGCCAAUAAUUACUACAUAAGUUGUCUUCUCUUGAUAUCUCUAUCCAUGUGCUUCCUUUGCCCUCUGAUGUUUAUUGGCUAUCCAAAGCCUGAGACAUGUCUCCUCCAACAGGUGACAUUUGGUAUGACUUUUGCUCUUUGCAUCUCUUGUGUCUUGGCCAAAACUCUCAUUGUGAUCUUUGCUUUUAUGGCCACCAAGCCAGAUUUGUGGAAAUGGACCAACCCCAUGGUCUCAUAUUUGGUUAUUUUUAAAGGGUCUUUUUUACAACUGAUUUUAUGUAUUGCUUGGCUGUCUCUUACUCCUCCAUUUCUUCAACGUAAUACACAGUCAAAAACUGCAACAAUUAUUAUAGAAUGUAAUGAGGGUUCAUCUAUUGCCUUCUGGACCAUGUUGGGUUAUCUCUUUCUUCUGGCCACCAUUAGUUUCAUUGUAGCCUUCCUGGCUCGGAGACUUCCCAACAGCUUCAAUGAAGCCCAGUACAUUACAUUCAGCAUGUUAGCCUUCAUCAGUGUCUGGGUGUCUUAUAUCCCAGCCUCCCUCAGUGCUCAGGGCAAAUACAUAGUGACUAUGGAGAUAUUUGCCAUCUGUGCCUCCAGUUGGGCUUUGGUCAUCUGUAUGUUUUUUCCUAAAUGUGUCAUCAUAUUGUUCAGACCUGAGAUGAACGUCAGAGAAUUUCUUGUGAGAAGUUCUAUUUUAAAGAAAUAA